AUGGGCUCAAGACCAAAUAGAGUAGAACAAAAAACUCUUUCAGCUUCAAGGAGCGUUUCUGCUCGUUAUAGUAUCAUGUCUACUAUUUCAACAUUGAAAGAAGAAAUAAAUACAUGGUCUUCAUCUACGCCAUCAGACAAAAUUUCUAAUUCGAUUAUUCCUUUAACUACAAUUAACGUUGAAGAUGAAAUACAUAGAACUGCAAUCAAAAUUUUUCAACAAUCAAUAGAUCUUUUAAUAAAUUUAUCUAAUAAUGGUGAUGAAGAUUAUCUUCACAUUUAUUAG